AACUGUGUUUAUUGUGUAGCAGUGUUUUGUGAAUCUUCGAACACGAUCUAACCCACCGAUGACACAGAGAACGGACACACACAGGCGUACCACCACCCUGACCUUCGGGAGGAGUGAAGGGAAGUGAGGAGCUGCUCACCGGUGUCACUUCCCCGCUUCUCCGUCAGCUCUUCUCUGUUGUUGCGCUAUAAGCUAAAGCGAAGCCGCCUUGUCGGUGACUCCCAGCCUCGAGAUGAGCUCCUCGCGGGAGAUCAAGCAGUUGCAGAAAGCGAAGAGCAAAGCCCAGAACAGCAGCAACCUGACGGAGGAGGCGAACAUCUGCAACCAGCUGGGAGAGCUGCUGGCCAGAUCCGGCGAUUAUGACGCUGCCAUCAGGGAGCACCAGCAGGAGUUGGCGCUCUCUGAGGUGCUGAAUGACGUGAUUGGACGAGCCGUGGCCAAUCGUAAGAUAGGCGAGUGCUACGCGGAGAUGGGGAACAUCGAGGCUGCUUUGAAACAUCAGCAGUGGCACCUGGACUUGGCUCGCUCUGUUAGAGAUCACGCAGAGGAGCAAAGGGCGCUGGCCACUAUCGGGCGAACCUAUCUCUUCCGUUAUGAAUCGGACCAGUCGAGGAAAAGUUUAGAGAAAGCAGAGGAUGCCUUCCGAAAGAGCCUGUCCAUCGUGGAUGAUCGUCUGGAAGGGACGGUGCCGGCGCGAGAGAUCAGUGAGAUGAAGGCUCGUCUGUUCCUCAAUCUCGGUCUGGUCUGCGAUCAUCUGGGGGAGCCCAAACGCUGCAGCGAGUUCAUCCGCCGGAGUGUCUUCAUUGCUGAGAAAAGCCAGCUGCUGGAGGACCUCUACCGUGCAAACUUUAAUCUGGGCAACAUCUACUUUCGUAACGGUCAACACUCCAACUCUGUGCGCUGCCUGGAACAAGCCAAAGAGUGUGCCAGAAAGAUAAAGGACAAGUUCGGUGAGAGCGAGUGCUUUCACUGCAUCGGCAAGGUGCAGCUUUCGCUCGGCGACUUUGUUGCAGCCAGACGAUCUCUGAAGAAAGCUGUUCUGCUGGGUUCCCAGCAGCCGCAGGACAAGCAGGCCGUGAAGAAAGCUUUCAAAAAUGCUGACCGUGGCUGUAAAUUAGAGGAGGAGCUUGGAGAGGAUCAGGGCAACAGGCUCAGCUCCCAUCAGGCCGUGGAGCUGGCAGAGCAGCUCGGGGACCUCUACUGUAAAGUUGGCUGCUACAGCAAAGCUCUGGAUGCCUAUCAAGCUCAACUUAAAGGUGCGGAGGCCCUGGGGAAGGCUGCUCGGGAGCUGGCCGUCAUCCACGUGUCCCUGGCUGCCACCUACACAGACCUGAGGCAGCACAGCAAGGCAGUGGAACACUACAGACAGGAGCUGGUGUUACGACAGGGCAGAUCAUCUGAGGAAUGUAGCACUUGGAUAAACAUCGCAGUAGCUCAGGAGGAGAGCGGCUGUACCUUCCAGGAAAUAGACAGAAGCUACAGCACAGCGCUGCAAUGCGCUCAGAAGUGUGGACAGGCCAGACUACAGAAGCGCGUGUUGAGGCUGUGUUUGGCUUCCCAGAGACGCAGUGGCUCAUCAGAUGCCGGAGACACUGAGGCGAGGCUGCAGGAGCUGUGUGCUACAGAGGGCUGGAGUCCAGACGGGAGUGAUGGUGAGGAGGAUGAAGAGGAGGAGAUGGACAACAGUGAACCUCUGGAUGACAGUGACGUCGUCCUCUCAGAUUCAGAUGACGAUCUCGAGGGUUAUGACAAAAUGGUGUCGGGAAGGAGGAAGGCAGGAAGGUGGAACAAGAGGAACGAGAAGGGUGAGACGUCUCUGCACAGAGCGUCUAUAGACGGAAACCUGAAGCAGGUCCAGUAUCUGGUUGAACAGGGUCAUCCAGUGAACCCCAGAGAUUACUGUGGGUGGACUCCCCUGCAUGAGGCCUGCAACCACGGUCACCAUGACAUUGUGGCUGUGCUGCUGGACCGCGGUGCGAACAUCAACGACCCCGGCGGUCCGCUAUGUGAGGGAGUGACUCCUCUUCACGAUGCCCUCGCAUGUGGCAAUUUACAGGUGGCGAGACUCUUGGUGACACGAGGGGCUUCUGUCACUCAACGCAACUCCAAGGGAGACGCAGCCAUGGAUACCCUGCGUCACUGGAAGAGGACGUACAGCCGAGAGCUGGACAAGGAAACCAAGCAGGAGUGUUUGGCUACAGAGAAUCUGCUGAGGGAGGCACUGGCCGGGGGAGUGCCCGCCGCUCCGGCCCCGGCCAAGCCUUUCGAUGCCCUGCAGGACAGCCAGCUGUUUGAUGCAGAGAACUCUGAGCCCCUGUCGUCCUCUGGAGGAGGCUGCUCCGCCAGCCAGGACCGGCCUCGACACAGCAGGAGCUCGGAGGUGAACACGCGGCCCGCCAGCCCCAAGCGGUGGCAGAGCAACGGUUCAACUCAGCGCCACCGAGCCAGAGGAACAGAGGCUGCCGUUCUCUAUGGGAAUAACAGCAGCUGCUCAGACGAUGGCGACUCGGACUGCCCCGUCAGUCCCCUCCGUCCUGUCCGCUCUAGGCACAGUUUCCCAUCAGCCCCGAGUCAAAAAGAAGCUCCACCAAGCAAAGAUGUCCCGACUUCAGGCAGCAUCAGAGAGGACCCUGCACCAUUCGUCCUUGAACGAGAGGAGUACCACAGCGCCCUUCGAGGCUUGGGCAGCUCCAAAUCUCUUCGCCAGGGUCUGUCACAGCCACAGUUCUCCAGCACACCCGCCGUCUCGUCCAGCAACAAAUCGGCUCUGGUUCCUGAGGAAGAGUAUCUCGCCGAUGACUGGCUGGAUGAUGAUUUAGGGGACAUGCAGCCGAAGAAGAAGAGGAGACUUCAAGUCAAUCAGAACGGGAUGAACGAGGUGGACUCAGCCAUGUUUUCAGCAGCCAGAAGUCAAAACAGGCACCUAAACUCUGAUCCGAUCCGCCGAGCCUCUGCAGUUCCCUCCUCCUCCUCCUCCAACAGGAGUCUCUCUCUGAAGAAGAGCGGCUCUGUGAGGCCUCACCAGGUGAAGAUGACUCAGAUGCCUGGGAUGGUGCGGUUGGGCAGACGAGAGGUCAACAGGCCGCACAGCCCCACCGUCACAGAUGAUGAAGACAUGAUACCCGAGACUCCGCCUCCACACAUACACAUGCAGCCUGCAGCUCAAACACUGGCUGCUCCGAUGCCCACAUCACUGCCUCUACCAAUCAGAAUGAGGGUCAGAGUUCAGGAAGAUGUUUUCCUCAUCCCAGUUCCACAAAGUGAGGCAGCCCCCUGCACCGUGUCGUGGCUGUGUGAGCAAGCAGCUCAGCGUUACUACCAGAAAUGUGGCCUCCUGCCUCGUCUGUCUCUGCAGAAAGAGGGCGCUCUUCUCUGCCCGCAGGACCUGCUGCUGGCCGUCCUGCACACCAAUGAAGAGGUUUUGGCUGAAGUGUGCUCCUGGGAUCUCCCUCCUCUCCCUGAGCGAUACAAAAAGGCCUGUGACAGCCUGGCAGUGGAUGAGAACAAGCGCAUCACCCGGCUGUGUGAGGUGCAGGACGGGAGCUCCUCUGUGUCGGUGUGCGGCCUCAGUCUGGCGCCCUCUUCCCUCAACCCCAUGCUCCGCGCCCUCAAACUUCAGGCCAGUUUAACCGAGCUGCGGAUUUCUGGCAACCGCUUCCACGACAACCUGCUCGCCGAUCUGGUGGCCACAACCAUCACCAUGCCUCGGCUCCGGCUGCUGGACAUCUCUGCCAAUCACAUCACAGGGGAAGGGCUGGGGAAGGCGGUGAACGCUUUGAAGGGACAGAGUCAUCCGGCGUUUCCGUGCCUGGAGGAGCUCGACCUCAGUAUGAAUCCUCUUGGGGACGGUGUGUCCGAGUCCUUGUCCUGUCUGCUGUCCUGCUGCCCUCUGUUAGCCAAGCUGUCUCUGCAGGCCUGCGGACUCACUGCUCGUUUCCUGAGGCAGCAUCGACUGCUGCUGGCCAGUGCUCUGACAGGGACGGGCCACCUGAAGUCCGUGAAUCUCGCCCACAAUGCACUGGGCUCCACUGGGUUUGAGCUGGUGCUGAAGACUCUGCCUCUGCACUGCCUCACACACCUGGACCUGUCUGCCAUCCGCCGGGGUCCUGCUGAUUUCCCGGCACUUGAACAUCUCUCCAAACUCCUGUCACAGGACGACUGUUCCCUGACGCACCUGAGUCUGGCAGCCAACGACUUAACGGACAGCAGCGUCGCCACCUUGGCCAGGUGCCUGCCUUCAUGUCCGUCUCUGCUGAGUUUAAACUUGUCGGGAAACUCGUCCGUCACCUCAGCUGGACUUCACAGCAUCCUGACCACUCUCAGAGAGGCUUCUCGACCUCUGACCCUUCUCAACCUUCAAGGUUGUCAGGUGUCGGGCCCCUGGUACAGCUCAGCUCUGGAUGGUCUGUCAGAGCUGGUCAAAGAUCUUCGUCUUUGCUCCCAGGGACUGAACAAGCUGGACAGACAGGCUCUCAAGCAGAGCUGGGACAAUGGUCAGUCACACGGGCUCUUUAUUGACCGAAAGGCCAAGUGCCUGCUCUCUACUGCAGCCUCUUCAUGAAGACGAGAGAAUUCUGUGUCACACACACUUGAAUCUGAGCCAUAUGAAACUCUUUUAUUUAUUCACAAAUACACAGCUUUUAUAAUAAGGAUGGUUUUCUGUUCUUUUAGGCUUUGCUCAGUUACCAGUAACAGCUGGAGACUACAUUAAACAAAUAUCUUGUGAAACACCAUCUGUGGACAGUUUGUAAAUAACUCGAAUGGCUUUCAUUUAUUCUGUACCCUUCAUUUAUGUGUCCCUGUGAAAGUCUUGUGCAUAAAAACAGUUUAUUUUUUAAAUGUGUUUGGUUUCUGAUGCACCUUUUGUCCUCAACCCACUGAAUUAUUGUAUGAUUUAAAAAAAAAAUGAAAUAAAAAAAUGUUAAUGACUCAUGGU